AGCUGGGAAGGAGCGAGCGAGCGGGGGCGCGAGACGUUUACCUGGAGGCAGCGGCUUGGGCGCGCAGAGGGGCCGCUGCUCCCCCGCACCUGCGGCCAUGGAUGAGGAGCGCGCCCUCUACAUCGUCCGGGCCGGCGAGGCGGGGGCUAUCGAGCGGGUCCUGAGGGAUUACAGCGACAAGCAUAGGGCUACUUUCAAAUUUGAAUCAACAGAUGAAGAUAAAAGAAAGAAACUCUGUGAAGGCAUAUUUAAAGUCCUUGUAAAGGACAUCCCAACAACAUGUCAAGUGUCCUGCCUGGAAGUUCUCCGCAUUCUCUCCAGAGACAAAAAGAUUUUAGUUCCUGUAACAACCAAGGAAAAUAUGCAGAUACUGCUGCGACUAGCCAAGCUAAAUGAGUCGGAUGAUUCUUUGGAGAAGGUGUCAGAGUUCCCAGUUAUUGUGGAGUCGUUAAAAUGUCUGUGUAACAUAGUGUUCAACAGUCAGAUGGCACAGCAGCUCAGCCUGGAACUUAACCUUGCUGCAAAGCUCUGUAACCUUUUGAGAAAGUGCAAGGACCGAAAGUUUAUCAAUGACAUUAAAUGCUUUGACUUGCGCUUGCUCUUCCUCCUAUCACUUUUGCACACCGACAUCAGGUCACAGUUGCGCUAUGAGCUCCAGGGACUACCGCUGCUAACCCAGAUCUUGGAAAGUGCCUUUAGCAUCAAGUGGACCGAUGAGUAUGAAUCGGCCAUAGACCAUAAUGGACCUCCUCUCUCACCUCAGGAGACAGACUGUGCCAUUGAGGCCCUCAAAGCUCUCUUCAAUGUGACAGUAGACAGUUGGAAGGUGCAUAAAGAGAGUGAUUCUCAUCAGUUCCGUGUCAUGGCAGCUGUCCUUCGCCAUUGUUUACUAAUCGCAGGUCCAACUGAAGACAAAACAGAAGAGCUGCACAGCAAUGCAGUCAACCUUUUAAGCAAUGUUCCGGUCUCUUGUUUGGAUGUUCUCAUUUGUCCAUUAACCCAUGAAGAAACAGCCAAAGAGGCAACGACUCUAGAUGAACUGCCCAGUGAUAAAACAGCUGAGAAGGAAACUGUUCUAGAAAACAAUACCAUGGCAUACAAUGGUAUGAAUAUGGAGGCCAUUCAUGUUUUACUCAAUUUUAUGGAAAAGAGAAUAGACAAGGGAAGCAGCUAUAGAGAGGGUCUAACUCCAGUUCUCAGCUUAUUAACUGAAUGUUCCCGAGCUCAUCGAAACAUCAGAAAAUUUCUCAAAGAUCAGGUUUUACCACCAUUGAGGGAUGUGACAAAUCGACCUGAAGUUGGUUCAACUGUGAGAAAUAAGCUGGUGCGCCUCAUGACACAUGUUGACCUUGGUGUCAAGCAAAUUGCUGCUGAAUUCCUUUUUGUCCUUUGCAAAGAGAGAGUGGAUAGCCUGCUGAAAUACACUGGCUAUGGGAAUGCUGCAGGACUGUUGGCGGCCAGGGGCCUCUUGGCUGGAGGAAGAGGAGAUAAUUGGUACUCAGAGGACGAGGACACAGACACUGAAGAAUACAAAAAUGCAAAACCAAACAUUAAUCUUAUCACUGGUCAUUUAGAGGAACCAAUGCCAAACCCCAUAGAUGAAAUGACAGAAGAACAAAAAGAAUAUGAAGCCAUGAAACUUGUCAACAUGCUUGAUAAACUUUCCAGAGAGGAGUUGCUUAAACCAAUGGGCCUAAAGCCUGAUGGGACAAUAACGCCUUUGGAGGAGGCACUCAACCAGUACUCCGUCAUCGAAGAGACCAGCUCCGACACAGACUGAGAGUGUCACCUGCUCAGCUCUCACUGUUGCUUUUAUCAGCAUCUUUUCUCUGUAGCUCCAGGGGAAUCUUUGCUCUAAAACAUUUAUGCCCUUGCUUUGGCUAGAAACACAUUAACUGGUUUACUCAUUGAGAAUCCAGAGUAUUUAAGAGGUGAUCCUGUGUUUUUUGCAAUAUCGAGGCAUUCGUACAGAGCUGCAGUUAGAUGGAGUUACAGGGGCUAGAAGCAAAAAAAAAAAAAAUUUCCAUUUCAUCAGCAUGAACCUGAAGGACGUCUUUCUAUAAAGCAGCCCUGGUUGAAUCUGGCAGUUCUGUUUGCCAAGAUUCCUAGCAGAAGAUUGAGCUGCGUCCUCCUCUCGUUUGUGUGAGCCGCCCUUUCUGAAUCUCUCUGGCAGACGGAGGCGAGUAAGAGACAGAAUGAGCCUGGUAAAGCAGGGCUGAGGCAAGUGACUUGUUAGAUCAGGACUGACUAUAUGGAAGCCAAGCAGCUGUUCCAGGAACCUAGCACCGCUCUUCACUUCAUUUCAGUUUUUUAUAAAUAUACAGAAAUAUACACACACAAACCCACACAGAGCCCCAGACUUGCAAACUGAGUACACUGUAAGGGUUUGUAUGUCACGUAUCAAGAACUUCAGAAUACAUUUCUCCCUAUAAAGAAUUAUAAAUGAUGGUUUAGUUCCCAGGCAGCUACAAAUGCCUAUUUAUUUCCUCAUGGACCCGAACACUACUAGUACCAUAGAACUGAACCGCCAUCUGUAUCAUUGCAUGGGGAGCUGCAUUCUGAGGGUUCACUCGGGAUGCCAGGAACACACACCUACCAACCCAGCAGUGGGAGUGGAGACUCCCUGAGCAGUGGGGGUUGUUUCGUGGCCUCUGCUGGGGGCGGGGAGGCGGCAGCACCCAUUGUACAUAAUAGGUCAUUCAUACGUCACAUGUUGUAAAUUGGGGACUCUGGGUGUGUGUGUGUGUAUGUGUUCUACCUUACUACCAUAUGUGAUCAGUUUAAUGGUAACUUUAUUUAUUUAAAAAUGAGAAGAAACAAAUAGUUACUAUUAAACUGAUUCAGGUUGUUUAUUUUUACAUUUAGAAUUGGUCAUAUGAAGAAGUAGAAGAUGAACCAUGCAAUAGACAGUGGGCCUAGUUGAUCAGUGGCUAAAGUUGGAAAGGGGUGGGUUUCCAUAUAUAUAUAUAUAAAGAUAUAUAUAUAUGUAUAUAUAUACGUACAUAUAUAUAUAGAGAUAUAUAGAUAAAAAAAGGUAGAUAGAAAAUGUGCUUAACCACUGCCUUUUAAAACUUUAAAUUAAAUAAAACAUUGGGGUUGAUUCAAUUUAGCCAUCUGUGUGUGUUUCUUUAUAGUUACAUGGGAUAGACAAGACUGUCACAGUUCGUGCUGUUUUAAAGGGCUUUUACAUCCAUUAUCUCAUUUAUCAUCAUAAUAGUCUUCUUUAGGACAGGUGAAGUCUGUGGAGUAGUAGUGAACAUGUCAUUUGUCUAGAAGUCUCUUCUCUGGCAAAGCGUCACAUCAAGAACUGAGUUUUAAAAGGCCUCUGAGCUGCAGGAGGAGGCAUGACAACAUUGCUCGAAGUCGACUCAUAGGAGAGAUCUCCCCGGGCUCACUCCUCAUCUCUUCACUAAAAUUUGCAUAUAUUUCUGACAUUUAGUUACCUGGUUUUCAAGCCCACUGAAAACGGCAGAAAAGGAGGGCUGCUAGAUUGAAGGUAGGCAUACUGGAAACAAAAAAAAAGCCAAGAGAAAACUGGAGAGGGGGCCGGGGAAGAAUGACAGACUAUUCAAGGCAGAGCAAGUCAAGGAGUAUGUGUUCACCAGAGGACACCAGCUGACCCAGAAAAUGCCUCUGCACAACAGUGUGGCCAUGGACUGAUGCUCAGAAUGAUGACUGUGAACUUGAAGAGAAUACAAUGCAUUUUAGGGUUUUCAUCCACCCGAAAUUGUUGGAGGAGAGAUCGUGGGUAACCCAUGUUUUAACUGACUCCUAGUAAGAUAAACCUUGGCAAUUCAUAAUUUUAGAUUAAGUGAAACAUUUAGAAAAAGAAUUUAAGUAUUUUUGUUAUUUCCUUCUAAAAAUGCAUUUUUAAAGUAUUUUUAUAAUUUCUACAAUCAAAUAGCUUUGGCAUGAGUGUCACCUAAAUGAAGACGUGUUUCGUGAAAUGACAUUUUUUUCAGUCUUAUGCAGUGUUCAUGUUUCAACUGUCAUGUUUAAGUAGCUGUGCUUUUCUGCUUUCGGUGAGUUCUGUUUCAUUUUGAGUUUCCUUGGGCAGGGCUGACAAAGCUUUGUUUUUGAAGAGAGAGAAUUUGCAGGGGUCGGGGUUGAGAGCGAUCUCUCCAAAACCUACUUCCUGAGUUGCACACAGAGAACUAACAUCUACUGAAUGCUUACUAUGUGCUGGGCUUUUCAUGUGUGUCCUCUCGUGUAACCCACAUCACCUCUCAUUAGAGGUCACCUCAAGAAGGUGUGAGUCAGUUACCAGACGUCAAAUAGCUAGUCACAGUCCACCUCUGGCAGGCCUGACUCCAAGCACUGCUCCCGGUACCACACUGCCCAGGCGGGCCCACACUGUGCCUCCUUAACACUGUGGAAUGCUGGGAGCCCUACCCUUGAGAAGAGUGGGCUGGGGGAAGUGGUAAUUCUCAGGCCAUUUUAAGCAAUAACUUUCAGCAGAACUGGUUUCAAAGACCUUUUUACACGAGGAUGUGACCUGGAGCUCUAGUAUGGGUGGGGAGCUUGCUCAGUCAGCACUGGAUUUGAGGACGGGGAAUCCCUGAGCACAGGUCAGAGAUGAGGGCUGCCAGCUUACCCCAGACAGCAGUCUGGCAUCGGUGGCCUUCUGCAGUGGAGAGGGAUCAGAAGACGCUAGACAGCACACUUUGCAGGCUUCUCUGUGGAUACCUUCUUGACUUUUGAAGCAGGGUAUGAAGGAGUGUGUCCUAGAACAAGGCAUUUGGGCCUCUUCUUGAAAGUAAUAGGCAUUUGUGGCCCUUUCCCAUGCCCACUGGUCCUGGGAGCUGGCAGGGUGAGGACACAAGCUGAGGCAGCAGUGACCCCAGACAACCCCUUUGGACCACGUCAGUCUUGGCUGCCUCCCAAGUACCAUGUAUCACCUGCAUUGACUUCCUUUUUUCCCCUGAUUAUAAAAGUGGUAUGUGUUCAUUGUGGAGAGUUUGGAAAAUGCAGAAAAUCAUAAAAUCAGUAAGUUACCCCAAAUCCCACUACCCUGAGAUAAUUCCUGUUAAUGUUUUGGUGUAUUUCCUUCCUGUACUUUUUCUAUGCAUAUAUAAUUUAUUUUACUACAAGAUUGGGAUCACGCCGUAUUUACAAAUUUGUAUCCUGCUUUCUUCUUUAACAUAUUGUGAGCAUUUUCCGGUGUCAAUAAAUCUUCUUCAAAGAGGAAUGGCUGUAUGAUAUUCCGUUGUAUGAACUGUUGCAAACACUGUUGAGCACCUGCCUGGUAUUCUUCCUAACGGAAAAGACAUCAUGAGCUCCCACCACCAACCCCCAAAUAGAAAAAUGUGCCUGCUGCCUUUCUGGAAGGCAACACAAGCCUUGGCAGCACUUUCCAGGAGCAGGGAAUAGGAUGGCCCGGGAGGAGCAGACGUGCCUCACCAGACAGCACCAGUCAGGCAGAAGCCUCGGCAGCACGAUCGUUAGUCGGCUAGAUGACAUGCCCAGAUAAUUCUAUAAGCCUUGUCAAGGAGAGCUGUUUGAAAGAAGUAAGGCAACAAGAGGAGUUAGAAAAGUCUGCACGAAAAAAAAAUGUCAUGUCGAGGGCUGUGAUAUGGACUGAAUUGUGUCCCCCCAAAAUGGGUUGUAAAUCCUAACCUCUAUAUGCCUGCGGUUAUAAUCCCAUUUGGGAGUGGGUUCUGUAAUGUUAAUGAGCCAGGGUUAGUGUCGGUGUAUCUUGAGUCAAUCCCUUUUGAGAUACAAAAGAGAUUAAACACAAGUUAGAAGCAGAGUUGGGGAAGAGAGAUGCAAAGGCCGAUGAAGAUCGCCCAGGAGCAGAAGCUCAGAAGAGACAAGGACUUUUCCCCCAGAGCUGACAGAGAAGCCUUCCGCUAGAGCCGGCACCCUGAAUCCGGACUUCUAGCCUCCGAACUGUGAGAAUAUAAAUUUGUUAAAGCUACCCACUUGUAUUUCUGUUAUAGGCUUUGUGGUCCAGUUACUGGUAAUUUUCUUGGGGGUAUUAAU